AAAAAAAAACCAUGCUUUCACAUGAUACCAUGGUGAAGCAGAGAAAACAGCAAGCAUCAGCCAUCAUGAAGGAAAUCCAUGGAAAUGGAAUGUAACCUUUCACCUGAACACUAUUGAGACCUAGAGGCAUGAGAUCUGGUGGGGGCAGCCAGGAACAGGGGUCUUUUGUUUUUAUUUUUAUUUUUUUUGAGAAAGAGAGAGAAUGUAUGCAUACAUGCAUGAAAGCCAGGGGGUGUGUGAUGAAGGAGAGAGGAAGACGGGGAGAGAGAAUCUUAAGCAGGCUCCAUGCUCAGUGCGGAGUUCCCCUUGGGCUUGAUCUCAGAAUGCUGGGGUCUUGACCUGAGCUGAUACCAAGAGUUGGACACUUAACUGACUGAGCUACCCAGAUGUAGAUGCUAUGCACCUGGGCAAAAAAGUCAGCAUCCCUAGAGACAUCAUGUUGGAAGAAUUAUCCCAUCUCAGUAACCGUGGCGCCAGACUAUUUAAGAUGCGACAAAGAAGAUCUGAUAAAUACACAUUUGAAAACUUCCAGUAUGAAUCUAAAGCACAAAUAAAUCACAACAUUGCCAUGCAGAAUGGGAAACUGGAUGGAAGCAACUUGGAAGGUGGCUCACAACAAGCCCCAUUUACCCCUCCCAACACUCCGGAUCCACGAAGUCCCCCAAAUCCGGAAAACAUUGCACCAGGAUAUUCUGGACCACUGAAGGAAAUUCCUCCUGAAAAGUUCAACACCACAGCUGUCCCGAAGUACUAUCAGUCGCCCUGGGAACAGGCCAUUAGUGGUGAUCCGGAGCUUUUAGAGGCUUUAUACCCUAAAUUUUUCAAGCCUGAAGGAAAGGUAGAACUGCCUGAUUACAGAAGCUUUAACAGAGUUGCCACCCCAUUUGGAGGUUUUGAAAAAGCAUCAAAGAUGGUUAAAUUCAAGGUUCCAGAUUUUGAGCUACUACUUCUAACAGAUCCCAGGUUUAUGGCUUUUGCCAAUCCUCUUUCUGGUAGACGGUCCUUUAAUAGGACUCCAAAGGGAUGGAUAUCAGAAAAUAUUCCUAUAGUGAUAACAACUGAGCCUACAGAGGAUACCACUGUACCAGAAACAGAAGACCUAUGAAAAAAAGUUGUAUGUGCCACAAAACCGUCUAAAUAUAAAUGUUGCUGUUUCAUUAUUCUACUUACUGGCAAAAUCACUUACACUCUUCAUUAGUAACAAUAAUUUAAUAGCAAUUUAGCAAUUUUCCUUUUAUUGCUUUUAAAUUAAAUAUCAGAUCAAA